AUGAAAGCUGUUAGCCUUUAUGAAAAGGAAAGUUUCAAAGGGGAGACCAGCCACCCGCGCUGGCUCAAGAGGUCAGGAUUCUUGGCCAUCAUCCUUUCCAUCGUCAUCAUCGUUCUGGGAGUGACCAACACCAUGUUGGCUGCCAUGAGAAUGGAACCUAUGACCUCCCUAUCUUACUACCCCAUCAACUUCGCCUACGUUGCUGCUGGCAUCUGGACUCCUCUUACGGCAUUUUUAACUGGCUUGUUUGCAGUCGGCGCUGGGGGGUUGAAGUUCAGACUUGCCCUAACCUCGCUACUUGCAUGCACUAUCUUCCUACCUAUCCUCAUAGCAAUCUCUUCCGUUGAGAUCAGACAGCUUCUCGUUAUGGCCUCCUACGUGAGGGAAUUUUUUCCAAAUUUAUUGAAUUUAAAAUUACGUAUAUAUAAGGACCUGACGAAAACUCCUCAAAGAUACGCCAUUGUGGUCAGCAUCCUUGCUAUCGCCGUCGUCCUAUUCCUCGUCUGCCUCUCCAUCAUGGUCAUCGUCUUCUUCUGUACCCUGGCCACUGACGAGGAUGAACUGAAUUUGACUCAAGAAACCAGCAACCCUUCAGACAGCCAGGAUGUUUCCGUCCUUCCGAUAACAUCACACACAUUGUCGCCAUUUGCAUAUACACCCUUUCCCACACCACCGAAAUUGAUGGCAAGAGCAGCUCCCUCCAAUUACGCGGUAACUCCAACCACGCAAACGGACUACAAAGUGGUCCAACUAGUUCCCAACAGCUACCCUGCUACGCCAGUUUCUCCAAACUACAUGGUCUCCAACAUGCCCCUCGCCUACCAAAAUGCAGCCGGUUUGAAGGUUUACAUGCAGUGA